CUAUAAAGUUGUAUAUCUUUAAUAUUACGAUAUAAAUUCUUCUUUCAGAGAUCAGAUUUUUCAUUCAUUCGUCUAAAUUAAAUAAAUUAUUUAUUUUAUAUGUAACGAUUUGAUACGAAAUUAUUAUUCGAUAUCAUAAAUCAAAGAAGAAAUUUGCGUAGUCGUCAGUAAGAGAGUUAAAAGCGCGCCAGAUUAUUUAUUUAAUACGUGGUAUAGAAAAAAAAAAAAAGAAAAAAACAAAAGAAAAUGGGACGUACUGUAAUAUCCGAAGCAUCUGUUCGUUCUCGUUUAACAUCCUUCGGGACGUUAGGAUACGAAGUGGGAUUAAUUUUAGGACAGAGUUUAGAAAAAGAAGAUUAUUUAGUACAUUUAGCAAGAACACCACCACCGCGUACUAGAAAUGUUGUGGAAGAAACAUUGAUAAGUUGUUCGGAAGAUACGGAUGAGAAUAAUUUAAAAAAAUGUUUCAAAUCCAUUCGAGAUAUACCAGAAAGUUGGCUCGCAGAUCAUGCCAACGAUGUCACAAGAAUGUUACCUGGUGGAAUGCGUAUACUUGGUAUAUUUCUGGCUGGACCUGAGGAUACUUUAGAUAAUAAUGUUAAUGUACAUAAGUUUAGAUCAAUUCUUCUUACAAUUCAAAGAAAUUUUUUAUCGAAUAAGUAUCUUCAUGGAAACAAUCAGCACAAUUUUAUAUUAACUUACAACAGUAUAACGCAAAGAUAUGUCUGUAAAAUGGUGGAUGAUAUAAAAAAUGGUAUAUUAAAACCAAUAGAUAUCAAGUUUCGAGCUCAGAGUAUUCCUUGGCUUGAACUUGAAACUGCUGUAAAUUUAGACAGAAUGUUUUGUAUAGCUACAAACAAAGAACCUGAAUCGCUUAAACAACAAUUGCAGGAGAUAUUGGAAGAUGUAUCAAAUAUGAUAGAUUCUGCACUUGUUAUGAUAGCAGGAAAAAUUAGAUCGUCUGAUGAUGCAAUUGAAACGAUAAUUGCAAAUGAAGAUAAUAAAAAUCAACUUGAAGUUGAUUUGUACAUUCCUUGUGAGAAAUCAGCUUCUACGGAUGCAAAAGUAAAACCUAGUAGCGAAUCAAUAUGGUUAAUAGGUCAAUUGGUUAGUAAAAUAUUUGUAACUGGCAAAACAAAUAUUGAAGAAGCUACUGCAGCAAUAAAACAAGACAUAGUAAGAUCAUUAGCCAGUAGAUUAGAAAUGCACGUGGACAGUUUGAUUGAAGAGGAAGAUGGUUCUCCUGAAGAAAAUAUAACAUUGCAUGAACCUCCAAGAAGAAUAUUGAUACACUUGCAUAAAAGUAGAGUAACAUUAUCAAGUUACCUGUUUCCUGGUGAAGAACCACAAGAAGCAUUGGUAUACUUGCAAGAACUAUUAGAUGUAGAUGUUGAGGAUUUGGAUAUCCAAAAAGAAAUAGAAUGUCAUGCAGAAGCCAUAGAUACUUGUCAGUGUGGUCCCCCUACUAUACCUAUAAACACUGAAAAAAUAGAGAAUCAUCUAACUACCCUACAUAUUAUUGGCUUAAGUAUAACAGUUUUCAUAAUUGUGGCUGCAAUUGUUUUCCAUCAUAUGUAUUAAUUAAAUACAAAGAAAGAGUGAUUUUCUUUA